AUGACUGUGUUGAGCUGUGAGAAAAAAAGCCGCAGAAAUAACUUAGGCUUCUGCCCUGCCUGUUUGCCCUGUCUAUGGGAACUGCCGUGCCACGCCCUCACUGACGUGCCACGCCCCUGUUUGCCCACUCCUGAUGAAGAUUCUCUCUGUAAUAAACUCUGUACCUUCACCAUCACACAGAAAGAAUUCAUGAAUCAACAUUGGUACCACUGUCACACUUGCAAGAUGGUUGAUGGGGUUGGUGUUUGCACAGUUUGUGCUAAAGUUUGUCACAAGGAUCAUGAGAUUUCUUACGCCAAAUAUGGGUCGUUCUUCUGUGACUGUGGAGCCAAGGAAGAUGGCAGCUGCCUGGCUUUGGUGAAGAGAACCCCCAGCAGUGGGAUGAGCUCUACCAUGAAAGAAUCCGCCUUCCAGAGUGAGCCCAGGGUGCCUGAGAGUGUCAUUCGCCAUGCCAGCACCUCCCCUGCUGAGAAAGCCAAGGUCACCAUCAGUGAGGGGAAGGGCCCUGACGAAGAAAAACCCAAGAAGAGCAGCCUGUGCAGAAACGUUGAGGGCUGUCGAGAGGAGCUGCAGUCCCAGGCCAACUUCUCCUUUGCACCUUUGGUGCUAGAGAUGCUGAAUUUCCUGAUGGAUGCCAUCCAGAUCAACUUCCAGCAAGCUUCAGCCAUGGGGAGCAGCAGCCGUGCCCAGCAAGCUCUCAACGAGCUCCAUACUUUGGACAAGUCAGUAGAAAUGACAGACCAGUUGAUGGUGCCAACUCUCGGCUCUCAAGAAGGUGCUUUUGAGAACGUGCGCAUGAACUACAGCGGGGACCAGGGCCAGACGAUCCGGCAGCUGAUCAGCGCCCACGUGCUGCGGCGCGUGGCCAUGUGUGUGCUGUCCUCCCCGCACGGCCGGCGCCAGCACCUGGCUGUGAGCCACGAGAAGGGCAAGAUCACAGUCCUUCAGCUCUCAGCAUUGCUGAAACAAGCUGACUCCAGCAAAAGAAAACUGACCCUCACCCGCCUGGCGUCCGCCCCCGUUCCCUUCACUGUCCUGAGCCUCACUGGGAAUCCCUGCAAGGAGGACUAUCUGGCUGUGUGUGGACUGAAAGACUGCCAUGUAUUAACAUUCAGCAGCUCUGGAUCAGUCUCUGAUCAUUUGGUACUUCAUCCCCAACUAGCCACUGGGAAUUUCAUCAUCAAAGCUGUGUGGCUGCCAGGAUCUCAAACAGAGCUUGCCAUUGUGACUGCAGACUUUGUGAAGAUUUAUGAUCUCUCUGUAGACGCCUUGAGUCCAACUUUCUACUUCCUCCUACCAAGUUCCAAAAUCAGGGAUGUCACUUUCCUUUUCAACGAGGAAGGGAAGAACAUCAUAGUGAUCAUGUCCUCAGCUGGGUACAUCUAUACACAGCUCAUGGAGGAGGCCAGCAGUGCCCAGCAUGGACCAUUCUAUGUCACCAAUGUGCUGGAAGUCAACCACGAGGACCUGAAGGACAGCAAUGGCCAGGUGGCAGGAGGAGGGGUGUCAGUGUAUUACUCCCAUGUGCUGCAGAUGUUGUUCUUCAGCUACUGUCAAGGCAAAUCCUUUGCAGCCACCAUCAGCAGGGCCAGCCUGGAAGUGCAGAGGCUAUUCCCAAUCAACAUCAAGAGUUCUAAUGGUGGGAGUAAGACUUCUCCAGCCCUGUGUCAGUGGUCGGAGGUGAUGAACCAUCCUGGCUUGGUGUGUUGUGUUCAGCAAACCACAGGUGUCCCGCUGGUGGUGAUGGUGAAGCCAGACACCUUCCUCAUCCAAGAGAUUAAAACCUUGCCAGCCAAAGCAAAGAUCCAGGACAUGGUGGCCAUCCGUCACACAGCCUGCAACGAGCAGCAGAGGACCACCAUGAUCCUGCUGUGUGAGGAUGGCAGCCUGAGGAUCUACAUGGCCAAUGUGGAGAACACCUCGUACUGGCUCCAGCCCUCGCUCCAGCCCAGCAGCGUCAUCAGCAUCAUGAAGCCCGUCCGCAAGCGCAAGGCAGCUGCCAUCACAACUCGCACAUCCAGCCAAGUGAACUUCCCCAUUGACUUCUUUGAACACAACCAGCAGCUCACAGAUGUGGAGUUUGGAGGCAAUGACCUGCUGCAGGUGUACAAUGCUCAGCAGAUAAAGCACCGCCUCAAUUCCACGGGCAUGUACGUGGCCAACACAAAGCCUGGGGGUUUCACCAUCGAAGUGACAAACAAUAACAGCACAAUGGUGAUGACGGGCAUGCGGAUCCAGAUCGGCACCCAGGCCAUAGAACGAGCUCCCUCCUACCUGGAGAUCUUUGGCCGCACCAUGCAGCUCAACAUGACCAGGGCCCGUUGGUUUGACUUCCCCUUCACCCGGGAGGAAGCCUUGCAGGCUGACAAAAAACUCACCGUCUUCAUUGGGGCUUCUGUGGAUCCUGCUGGAGUCACCAUGAUGGAUUCCAUAAAAAUUUAUGGCAAAACCAAAGAACAGUUUGGAUGGCCUGAUGAGCCCCCCGAGGACUUCCCAUCUGCUUCAGUGAGCAAUGUUUGUCCCCCAAACCUGAAUCAAGGGAAUAGCACUGGAGACACAGAGUCAGCUGCCCCUGCUGCUGCCAGUGGGACUGUCCUGGAGAGUUCUGACACUGAGUCCCUAACCACCCUGGACCGGCUAGUAGUGAGUUCUUUAGAAGCACUGGAAAGCUGCUUUGCUGUAGGACCAGUCAACGAGAAGGAGAAGAAUAAGAUUGCAGCUCAGGAACUGGCUACGAUGCUGCUGUCCAUGCCAGCUCCUUCCAGCGUGCAGCAGCAAACCAAGAGCCUCUUGGCCAGCUUGCACACCAGUCGCUCAGCCUACCAUAACCACAAGGAUCAAGCACUGCUAAGCAAAGCCAUUCAGUAUUUGACUUCCUCAACCAAAGAAGGAAAGGACCUUGAUCCUGAAGUAUUCCAGAGGCUGGUCAUCACUGCUCGAUCCAUUGCUAUUAUGAGACCCAGCAAUCUGGUCCACUACACUGAAUCAAAGCUGGAAACAGAGAGUGAAGAAGGGCAAGAGGUCCAGAAACACGUGGAAGGAGAGGGCUGCACGUUUAUUACCCAGCUGGUGAACCACUUCUGGAAGCUCCAUGCAUCAAAACCCAAAAACGCCUUCCUGGCCCCUGCCUGCCUGCCAGGUCUCACUCAUGUUGAAGCCACAGUCAAUGCUUUGGUGGAUAUUAUCCAUGGAUACUGCACGUGUGAGCUGGAUUGUAUCCAUACAGCAUCCAAGAUCUACAUGCAGAUGUUACUUUGCCCGGAUCCAGCAGUGAGCUUUUCUUGCAAACAAGCUUUGAUCAGAGUGCUGAGACCACGGAACAAGCGGAGACACGUCACUUUGCCAUCCUCCCCUCGCAGCAACACUCCCAUGGGAGAUAAGGAUGAUGAUGACGAUGACGACGCAGAAGACAAGCUGCAGAGUUCUGGGAUAGCAAAUGGUGAGCACAUCCGACAGGAGAGCCAGGAGCAGAGUGAAGUUGACCACGGGGACUUCGAGAUGGUGUCUGAAUCCAUGGUUCUGGAGACUUCUGAGAAUGUGAAUAAUGGGAACCCUUCUCCACUGGAGGCUCUUCUGGCUGGAGCAGAGGGAUUCCCUCCUAUGCUGGAUAUCCCUCCAGAUGCAGAUGAUGAGACGAUGGUGGAAUUGGCUAUUGCCCUGAGCCUGCAGCAAGAUCAGCAAGGGAGCAGCAGCAGUGCCCUUGGACUGCAGAGCUUGGGACUGUCUGGCCAAGCCCCCAGUUCCUCUUCUCUCGAUGCCGGGACGCUCUCGGAUACAACAGCAUCAGCUCCAGCAUCUGACGACGAGGGCAGCACAGCUGCCACCGACGGCUCAACCCUGCGGACGUCGCCCGCGGAGCACGGCGGGAGCGUGGGCUCGGAGAGCGGCGGCAGUGCCGUGGACUCCGUGGCUGGGGAGCACAGCGUGUCUGGCCGAAGCAGUGCCUAUGGGGACACGACUGCUGAGGGCCACCCGGCUGGGCCAGGCAGUGUCAGCUCGAGCACAGGCGCCAUCAGCACCACCACGGGCCAGCAGGAGGGAGAGGGCUCUGAAGGGGAAGGGGAGGCUGAGGGGGAUGUCCACACCAGCAACAGGCUGCACAUGGUGCGACUGAUGUUGCUGGAGAGGCUGCUGCAGAAUUUACCUCAGCUGAGGAAUGUUGGAGGGGUCCGAGCCAUCCCUUACAUGCAGGUAAUUCUGAUGCUCACAACAGACCUAGAUGGAGAUGAUGAGAAAGAUAAGGGAGCUUUGGAUAACCUUCUGUCCCAGCUGAUUGCAGAGCUGGGCAUGGACAAAAAGGAUGUGUCUAAGAAAAACGAGCGCUCUCCUGUGAACGAAGUGCACUUGGUGGUGAUGAGGCUACUCAGUGUGUUCAUGUCCAGAACCAAGUCAGGAUCCAAGACUUCCAUUUGUGAGUCUUCCUCCCUCAUCUCCAGUGCCACUGCUGCUGCCUUGUUGAGCUCUGGUGCUGUUGAUUACUGUCUGCAUGUGCUGAAGUCGCUGCUGGAUUACUGGAAGAGCCAGCAGAAUGAUGAGGAGCCAGUAGCCACCAGCCAGCUCCUGAAACCUCACACGACUUCUUCUCCCCCUGACAUGAGCCCUUUUUUCCUCCGCCAGUACGUGAAGGGUCACGCUGCAGAUGUUUUUGAGGCCUACACUCAGCUCCUGACAGAGAUGGUGCUGCGGCUGCCCUACCAGAUCAAGAAGAUUGCAGACACAAACUCCCGCAUCCCACCUCCCAUCUUUGAUCACUCCUGGUUCUACUUUUUGUCCGAGUAUCUGAUGAUCCAGCAGACUCCAUUUGUGCGCCGCCAAGUCCGGAAGCUCCUGCUCUUCAUCUGUGGCUCCAAGGAUAAGUACCGGCAACUCCGGGACCUCCACACCUUGGACUCCCACGUUCGUGGGAUCAAAAAGCUCCUGGAAGAGCAAGGGAUUUUCCUUCGAGCCAGCGUGGUGACGGCGAGCUCUGGCUCUGCCCUGCAGUACGACACCUUGAUCUCCUUGAUGGAGCAUUUAAAGGCUUGUGCAGAGAUUGCCACACAGCGCACGGUGAACUGGCAGAAGUUCUGCAUUAAGGAUGACUCGGUUCUCUAUUUCCUGCUCCAAGUCAGCUUCCUGGUGGAUGAAGGAGUGUCGCCAGUUCUCCUGCAGCUCUUGUCUUGUGCUCUGUGUGGCAGCAAAGUGCUGUCUGUGACUUCAUCCUCUGGAUCAUCAAGCACCUCUUCCACCUCUGCUCCUGCAGCAUCAGGCUCUGGGCAGGCGGCAACACAGAGCAAAUCCUCCACUAAAAAGAGCAAGAAAGAGGAAAAGGAAAAGGAGCGAGAGGGGGAGGGUUCAGGCAGUCAGGAAGAUCAGCUGUGCACAGCUCUGGUGAACCAGUUGAACAAGUUUGCUGACAAGGAGACCCUCAUCCAGUUCCUGCGCUGCUUCCUCCUGGAGUCCAACUCCUCCUCGGUGAGGUGGCAGGCCCACUGCCUGGCCCUGCACAUCUACAGGAACUCCAACAAGUCUCAGCAGGAAUUGCUGUUGGAUCUCAUGUGGUCAAUCUGGCCAGAACUUCCAGCUUAUGGAAGAAAGGCUGCCCAGUUUGUAGAUCUCCUGGGAUACUUCUCUUUGAAAACACAGCAGACUGAGAAAAAGUUGAAGGAAUAUUCCCAAAAGGCCGUGGAGAUUCUCCGGACUCAAAACCACAUUCUCACCAACCACCCGAACUCCAACAUUUACAACACACUGUCUGGGCUCGUGGAAUUUGAUGGCUAUUACCUGGAGAGCGAUCCUUGCCUUGUCUGCAACAAUCCGGAGGUGCCCUUCUGUUACAUCAAGCUCUCCUCCAUUAAAGUGGACACACGGUACACGACCACCCAGCAGGUGGUGAAGCUCAUUGGCAGCCACACCAUCAGCAAGGUGACAGUGAAGAUUGGGGACCUCAAACGAACCAAAAUGGUCCGAACCAUCAAUCUCUACUACAACAACAGGACAGUCCAGGCCAUAGUGGAGCUGAAAAACAAGCCGGCUCGUUGGCACAAAGCUAAGAAAGUGCAGCUGACCCCGGGCCAGACGGAGGUGAAGAUCGAUUUGCCGCUGCCCAUCGUGGCCUCCAACCUGAUGAUUGAAUUUGCUGAUUUCUAUGAGAACUACCAGGCGUCCACCGAGACCCUGCAGUGCCCCCGGUGCAGCGCGUCCGUCCCGGCCAACCCGGGUGUGUGCGGCAACUGUGGGGAGAACGUGUACCAGUGCCACAAGUGCAGAUCCAUUAACUAUGAUGAAAAGGAUCCCUUCCUGUGCAAUGCCUGUGGGUUCUGUAAAUACGCUCGCUUUGACUUCAUGCUCUAUGCCAAGCCCUGCUGUGCAGUGGAUCCCAUUGAAAAUGAGGAGGAUCGAAAGAAGGCAGUAACAAAUAUCAACACCCUCCUGGACAAGGCUGACAGGGUGUAUCACCAGCUCAUGGGACACCGACCGCAGCUGGAAAACCUGCUGUGUAAAGUGAACGAGGCAGCUCCUGAAAAACCCCAGGAUGAGUCUGGAAGCAGUGGAGGGAUAAGUUCUACCUCAGCGAGUGUGAAUAGGUACAUACUCCAGUUAGCCCAGGAGUAUUGUGGUGACUGCAAGAACUCUUUUGACGAACUUUCCAAAAUCAUCCAGAAAGUGUUUGCUUCUCGAAAGGAACUCCUGGAAUACGAUCUCCAGCAGAGAGAGGCGGCGACCAAGUCGUCACGAAGCACCGUGCAGCCCACGUUCACCGCCAGCCAGUACCGUGCCUUGUCUGUCCUGGGCUGUGGCCACACGUCAUCCACGAAAUGCUACGGCUGUGCCUCGGCUGUCACGGAGCACUGCAUCACCCUGCUCCGGGCCCUGGCCACCAACUCUGCCAUCAGGCACAUCCUGGUGUCCCAGGGCCUCAUCCGGGAGCUCUUUGACUACAACUUGCGCCGGGGCGCAGCCACGAUGCGGGAGGAGGUCCGGCAGCUCAUGUGCCUUCUGACCAGGGACAAUGCAGAGGCCACACAGCAAAUGAAUGACUUAAUCAUUGGGAAGGUUUCUGCGGCUCUGAAGGGACACUGGGCAAAUCCAGACUUGGCUAGCAGCCUCCAGUAUGAAAUGCUGCUGCUCACAGAUUCCAUCUCCAAGGAGGACAGUUGCUGGGAGCUUCGGCUGCGCUGUGCUCUCAGCCUCUUCCUGAUGGCAGUGAACAUCAAGACUCCAGUGGUUGUUGAAAACAUCACCCUCAUGUGCCUGCGCAUUCUUCAAAAGCUCAUCAAGCCACCUGCUCCAACGAGCAAGAAAAACAAGGAUGUGCCUGUGGAUGCUCUCACCACUGUGAAGCCUUACAGCAAUGAAAUCCAUGCACAGGCUCAGCUGUGGCUCAAGAGGGACCCCAAAGCAUCAUAUGAAGCUUGGAAAAAGUGCCUCCCUGCCAGAGGUGUAGAUGCCAACGGGAAAUCUCCCAGCAAAGCUGAGCUUCACCAGCUCUACUUGUCAGAAAAAUACGUCUGGAAAUGGAAACAGUUCAUGAGUCGCCGUGGGAAGAGAACCUGCCCUCUGGAUCUCAAGCUGGGACACAACAAUUGGCUGCGACAGGUGCUGUUCACUCCUGCCACACAGGCUGCCAGACAGGCUGCCUGCACCAUCGUGGAGGCUCUGGCCACCAUCCCCAGCCGAAAGCAGCAGGUCCUCGAUCUCCUCACCAGCUACCUGGAUGAGCUGAGCAUUGCUGGUGAAUGUGCUGCUGAGUACUUGGCCCUUUACCAGAAACUCAUCAAACCUGCCCACUGGAAGGUCUACCUGGCAGCCAGGGGGGUUCUGCCCUAUAUUGGCAGCCUCAUCACCAAGGAAAUAGCUCGUUUACUUGCCUUGGAGGAAGCAACACUCAGCACUGAUUUGCAGCAGGGAUAUGCCUUGAAGAGUCUCACAGGUCUUCUCUCCUCCUUUGUGGAGGUGGAGUCCAUCAAACGGCACUUCAAGAGCCGCCUCGUGGGCACGGUCCUGAACGGGUACCUGUGUCUGAGGAAGCUGGUGGUACAGAGGACAAAGCUGAUUGAUGAAACCCAGGACAUGCUCCUGGAGAUGCUGGAGGAUAUGACAACAGGCACAGAAUCUGAAACCAAAGCAUUUAUGGCAGUGUGUAUAGAGACUGCAAAGCGUUACAGCCUUGAUGACUACAGGACUCCAGUCUUCAUCUUCGAGAGACUGUGCAGCAUUAUCUACCCUGAAGAGAAUGAAGUCACUGAGUUCUUUGUAACUCUGGAGAAAGAUCCUCAGCAGGAAGACUUCUUACAGGGCAGAAUGCCAGGGAAUCCCUACAGCAGUAACGAACCCGGCAUUGGGCCACUCAUGAGGGACAUCAAGAACAAAAUCUGUCAGGACUGUGACCUGGUGGCUCUGCUGGAGGAUGACAGUGGGAUGGAGCUUUUGGUGAACAAUAAGAUAAUCAGUUUGGAUCUGCCUGUGGCUGAGGUCUACAGGAAGGUGUGGUGUCCCACAAAUGAGGGGGAGCCGAUGAGGAUCAUUUACCGCAUGCGGGGGUUACUGGGGGAUGCAACGGAGGAAUUCAUCGAGUCUCUUGACUCCACCACUGAUGAAGAGGAGGAUGAGGAAGAAGUUUAUAAGAUGGCAGGAGUCAUGGCCCCGUGUGGAGGCUUGGAGUGCAUGCUCAACAGACUGACUGGGAUCAAGGACUUCAAACAAGGCCGACACCUCUUAACUGUGCUGUUAAAGCUGUUUAGUUACUGUGUGAAGGUGAAAAUAAAUCGUCAGCAGUUGGUCAAGCCAGAGAUGAAUACUUUGAAUGUGAUGCUGGGAACUCUGAACUUGGCUCUGGUGGCUGAGCAGGAGAGUAAGGACAGUGGAGGAGCAGCUGUGGCAGAGCAAGUGCUCAGUAUAAUGGAGAUCAUUUUGGAUGAAUCCAAUGCAGAACCUCUGAGCGAGGACAAGGGCAGCCUCCUCCUCACGGGUGACAAGGACCAGCUGGUGAUGCUGCUGGACCAGAUUAACAGCACUUUUGUCCGCUCCAACCUCAGUGUCCUGCAGGGCCUGUUACGGAUCAUCCCGUACCUGUCCUUCGGGGAGAUGGAGAAAAUGCAGAUCCUGGUGGAUCGAUUCAAGCCCUACUGUAACUUUGAUAAGUAUGAUGAGGAGCACAGUGGAGAUGAUAAAGUUUUCCUGGACUGCUUCUGUAAAAUAGCAGCAGGAAUAAAGAACAACAGCAAUGGCCAUCAGCUGAAAGAUCUCAUCCUGCAGAAGGGAAUUACACAGAAUGCCCUGGAUUACAUGAAAAAGCACAUUCCCAGUGCAAAGAAUUUGGAUGCAGACAUAUGGAAGAAGUUCUUAUCUCGACCUGCACUUCCUUUUAUCCUGCGCCUGCUCCGAGGACUGGCGACGCAGCACCCUGCAACACAGGUGCUAAUAGGAACAGACUCAAUUACCAACCUGCACAAGCUGGAGCAGGUUUCUAGUGACGAGGGGAUCGGGACGCUGGCAGAGAAUCUGCUGGAGGCACUGAGGGAACACCCAGAGGUGAACAAGAAGAUCGACGCUGCCCGCAAGGAGACUCGAGCAGAGAAGAAGCGAAUGGCCAUGGCCAUGAGGCAGAAGGCCCUGGGCACUCUGGGGAUGACGACAAAUGAGAAGGGUCAGGUAGUGACCAAGACUGCGCUGCUGAAACAGAUGGAGGAGCUGAUAGAAGAGCCAGGUCUGACCUGCUGCAUCUGCCGGGAGGGAUACAAGUUCCAGCCCACCAAAGUCCUGGGAAUUUACACCUUCACCAAGCGUGUGGCACUUGAGGAGUUUGAGAACAAACCACGAAAACAACAAGGGUACAGCACAGUCUCUCACUUCAACAUCGUCCACUACGACUGUCACCUUGCAGCUGUGAGACUCGCUCGGGGCCGUGAGGAAUGGGAAAGUGCAGCCCUGCAAAAUGCCAACACCAAGUGCAAUGGGCUCCUGCCAGUCUGGGGACCUCAUGUGCCAGAGUCUGCUUUUGCUACGUGCUUAGCACGGCACAACACGUACCUCCAGGAGUGCACGGGGCAGCGGGAACCCACCUACCAGCUCAACGUCCAUGACAUCAAACUGCUCUUUCUGCGGUUUGCCAUGGAGCAAUCCUUCAGCAUAGACACUGGAGGGGGAGGAAGGGAGAGCAACAUCCACCUCAUCCCCUACAUCAUCCACACGGUGCUCUACGUCCUCAACACAACUCGAGCAACUUCGAGGGAGGAGAAGAACCUGCAGAGCUUCCUGGAGCACCCCAAGGAGAAGUGGGUGGAGAGUGCCUACGAGGUGGACGGGCCCCACUACUACACGGUGCUGGCACUGCACAUCUCCCCCCCGGAGAAGUGGAGAUCCAUGAGGGUGGAGAUCCUCAAACGGCUCCUGGUCACCUCCCAUGCACGGGUGGUGUCACCAGGGGGGGCCAACAGACUGGCAGAUAAGGCAGUGAAGGAAUAUGCAACGUACCGCUCUGGCCUGCUCUUCUGGGCGCUUGUCGAUCUCAUUUACAACAUGUUCAAGAAGGUGCCUACCAGUAACACAGAGGGAGGCUGGUCCUACUCUCUCGCUGAGUUCAUCCGACACAACGACAUGCCAAUACACGAAGCUGCAGACAAGGCCCUGAAAACCUUCCAGGAGGAGUUCAUGCCAGUGGAAACGUUUUCUGAGUUUUUGGAUGUGGCUGGACUCUUGUCAGAAAUCAAUGACCCCGACAGCUUCCUCAAGGAUCUUUUGAACUCCAUCCCAUGAGCAGCCAGCACAGAGAAGCUUUUGGCAGAGACUACACUAGCUUGCCUUCCACCCCUUUGUGUUCCUUCUCGUGCAGUCUGUCCCUUCCCUGAGGAGUGCUGCAGUUUUUUGUUGGAUUUUUUCUUUAUUUUUCCUUUUUUUUUUUUUUGGUUUGGUUUUGGGUUUUUCUGUUUUGUUUUGUUUUCUUUUUGUUUUUUUAUUUUCUACAAUUUUUCUUCAUGGAGUGAUUUGGAGUUUAGAUUUGUUUUAUCCUGUAUUUCAGCACUUCUAUCUGUAAAGCCUCGUGCAUUCAAGCUGGUUGAAAGAACUUGUACAGAGAGGAAUCCAAACCAGUAAAUCUUAAUGCUUUAGCGUGCACCUCUUUGAAGUUCAAUAAAUCGAACAAAUGGGUAAGCUGGGUUUGACUAGUACUUGAAGUAGCCUAAAUGCCAAGUUCUUUCCCACAUUUUCUUUUGGAGCUCCUUCUCCCAGGGCUCAGAGCUGCUGCUCUGUCCAGCCCUAAGUCUGGACAAGGAGCCACAGGAAGCAAAAGGCUCCCAGUGAGUGAGGGAGCACUGGGCACUGACUGACUGACUGUGUGUGCAGGUUCCCCUGUGGGACACGAGCCUUGCCCUGCAGGGACCUCCCACCUUCCUUCACCUGGCUGUGGGCAGGAGCUCCAUGUUCCCCUCUCCAAGGCAUGUUGGAUCACGGGGCCUGUCCUGACCCCGCUCUCACCAAGGCUGUAUCCAAAGCAUGUUGUGCCUCCCAUGGCAACAGCCCCUCUCAGAGGGGUCCUACUCGCAUCACACUUAUCUUCUCUCUCUGAUAAAACUUUCAGCUUCAGCAAAAUGCAUGUUCAAGAGACCCUGCACACUUCUGGAGCCUGCUGAGCACCUGCAUCCCAUGUGCAUGCCCUGCCCUGGAGCCAAGCUCGUGCUUGGAAUACAGCCUUGCCCUUCUCACCCACCUGUGCAUGCUGGAAACCUCCCCUGCCCACCAGUUGUUCUCCUGUAACCAGCUGCCACAUGGUGAGGCUGGAAUCUAAUAAAGCUUUCCCUGUCUUCCUC